AUGAUGGCUUCCUGUUCGGAUUUAACAAAAUUUUCAUCUUUCAACAAUCGUCAACCGUUGAUAAAGGCUACACCAGUACCAAUACCAUCCAAUAAGAAAUUAGUCGAACCAUUCAAUCGUCUGAAAAACCGAGCUAAUCUUUUUCGACGGAGAAAUUAUUCAUCACAAUUAGACAUAAGUGAUCCGCGUUCAUCGCUCCCUGCUGAUCAUUUCAUACUUCCUCAGCAAACAAAAGUACCAGAAGAUAAUAACCAAUUGCUCUUAAAGCGAUCGAAUUCGAUGAUAUGUCCACAACAACGUUUACAGUCGUUACUGAAGAAUAGUAAGAAAAAUACUAAUCGAAGUUCUGUUUGCGUCGAAUUAGCCGAUUGUCCAACCGAUGAAAGUUCAACAGAUGAUGUAUCUUCAUUACCAAAUCAUAACAAUGAACAGACGUCUGCCACUCUUGUUCCAGCUCAGCUACAGAAGCAUACGAUGGGAGAUGAACAAAGACAACAAUCGUCUCUCCCAUGUGACGAUUCAAAUUUGAAACGACGAUCAAUCGAAGAGUCAUUUUACGAUUGUAAACAACCGACGCUACCUGAAAUAUCUUCAACUAAACUUUCCGCUUGUACAAUGACAGGAAAAUCGCUAAUUAAUCUCGAUGAAAGUUUUUCUCUGACGUCUUCCGAAGAUAAAUGUAUACAAACAACAUUCAAUGACACGAUGAUGAACAAUAACCACCACAGUUCUACAACAAGUUUAUCAUCUUCAUCAACCUCGAUUCAAACCGAUUCUCUCGAAAAUAAAUCAACAAUCUCAAAUAAUUGUCCGAGUUCAUCUCGAUCUAUGGCUUACCAUCCACGAACUAAUAUCCAUGAAAGAUUAAUCAACGAAGAAAUAUGCAUUUACUGGGUUAACUACCUAGGAUCUACAGCAGUGAAAAUUUCAACUGACAAUACACCAGCAAUGCCAACACAGGCAAUCAAUCGAUUGAAACAGUCGACGCAGUACGCCAGUGUGUUACCUGUCAUCGGUUUGAGUAUAUCCCCACGUGGUGUUGAAUUUUUGAAGCAUGCAAAAGAGCGUGCCGUGAUCUGUUUUCAUGAUAUUAAAUCAAUUCAUUGUGCAUGUCAGGACCAGGAUUUACGUUAUUUCGCUUAUGUAACACGUGAACAGCGUUUAGUCAACGGACUAGCGAAUCCGACGGGUGCGUCUGAUCGUAAACAACAUCAAUCGCAGUCGGUAUCUAUCAAUGCUGAUUAUCAUAAUUACUGUCAUGUGUUUGUAGUUAAAAGCGAGUCGAUGUCAACGGAAAUUUUAUUAACAUUUGGCCAAGCAUUCGAUAUUGCUUAUCAAGUUCACCGCCGUUUAAACUUAAAACAGCACAUCCUGGAAAAAUCACAAGCAAAAGUCGAUGCUAAUCAUAAACCAGAAAAAAUGAUGUUGCUAUCAACACAUUCACCAACGACAUCAGCCUCAUCGUCAUCGAGUGAUGAACAACGAGCUUUUAUAUAA